AUGGCACCUAAACUGUUGAGGAUAACAAUUAUUCAAGUUUUAUUGUGGAACAUUAUAUUUUCUCUAUCUGAGAGUAUUGAAUUAAAUGAAGACAGUAAAUUAUUAUUAAAUAAUUUACGCUAUCAAGUACCGUACACAACACAUAUUUGUGAUCGUUUGAAAAAUUCACCACUGGUUGUUAAUCAUAAUAACAAUGAACCUCCCUCAGAUGGAACUGAUAAUUUUGAAAAUUCGCGCUUAGCUAAGGAUUUGAGUGAACCAUCAAAUCCCGUAAAAAGGCAUGCUAUCAUACGAUGCUAUAACCGCCUCCCUGCACAGGAAAAUAACGAACCUAAUAAGCCAGAGCUAAUAACAAGCGAGUGGCAAAUGAAGUCUACUCCUGUAAACAACGCGUAUGGCGAUUUGUAUGACCAUUCGAUGGUUCAAAAAUCAAAACCUUUAAGUGUAAAAGAAAUCAUUAAUUCACAGAAAGUGAUUGAUCAAGAACCCUUAUAUCAUAUAGCACCAUUUUUACAGAAAGGAAAUCUUAUUGGCAAUAAUCCGAAACACUCACAAUUUCAAUCAAAUUUACAAGGUACGAAAAACAAAAUUAAAUCAUUAAUUUCUACGCCACAACACAAGUUAGGCGAAAUAAUAUCAGAUAAAUUAGUGGACGAAAGUCUACAUAACAAACUAGCCCAGCCGUCACUAACUCUUCCAUCACCUCCCAAAUUUACUAAGUAUCCCGUGAUUAAUCCAUUGAUACAGCCACCUGAAGUACUCACUAAUGUUGAUACAGCUGUGUUAAUAACAGAUAGCUACAAACAGAGUAACCCGUCAACACCGUCUCCACUUAUACCACAUAUACCGAAUAAUAAUUUUUACCAUAAAGAUUUGACAGUUGAAAACAAACCAUUUUUAUCUCUUCCAUCAAUUCAACAUAACAAGCCGAAACCUAUAGACAUAUUUUAUGACAGACGUGUACCACCUAUCGUUUAUCGGCCUACACUUUCUCAGUUCGUGCCGACUCCUGUCAUCAAACCAAUACUUUCACCAAUUCUGGUGCAAAAAGAAGUAUCGUAUCCUUCAACAAACGAACAAGCACAGGCCAAUAUUGGUUUGCAAUCGCAAUAUCCUAAAAUAAUCAAGAACGGCAUUGCUGAAUCAACGUCUCAACCAAUCGAAAAAGAAAAUUCAAUAUAUUUGCCACAUAAAAAACCACAGGAAUUAAUUGGUUCGCCACCUACUCAAUUUGUAAAAACUUCUGAUAUAGAAACAUUUAAGCCAAUUACAAUCGAAAAAAAAGUUUCAAUAUAUUUGCCAUAUAAAAAACAACAGGGGUUAAUUGAUUUGUCACCACCUACCCAAUUUAUGAAAACUUCUGACACAGAAACGGUACAUAAACCGAUUACGAUCGAAAAAGAAGUUCAAAUAUCAGAGCCAAAAGAACAAAAACCACCUAUAGUUGAUUUGCCAUCACAAGCGCCACAACUUAUAAGUACUCCUGAAAAAGAAUCAAUAUAUAAGGAAAUUACAGGGCAAACAAUAGAACCAGUAAAUGUGCCGUACGAGCAAAAACCACCAAUAAUUGGUUUGUCUUCACCUCCUCAGAUAACCGAGUCUUUCAACAGUGAAUCAACAUCACAAAUAAUGCCGAGUGAAAAUGAAUUUUCAAUGACCAGUGAGUAUGAACAACAACAGCCAAUAGCAAAUUUUUCACCACCUCCACCUCCACAACUUCAACAAAUUAAAAUACAAAAGGAAAUAUCCAUACCUUUAUCAUACCAAAAACAAAUAGCACCUAUAAAGCUAGUCAAAACUAUCAACAGUGAAUUAAUAUCUCAAAAAAAAAAUGCAUUUUAUGAUCAACAACAACCAGUCAUUUUGCCAUCACCUCCUCCACUAACCAAGACUACUACCUCAGCUUAUGGCAAUUAA